AUGGAUCCGAAAACGAGAUCUCCACAUUUUGACUGCUGGUAUAUUAACCUACACAUCAGACCAAAGGUUUCAAGUGAUACGACCCGAUAAAUCUGACAAUUGGACGUUACAAAUAAAAUUUCCACAAAUACGGGACUCCGGGAUUUACGAAUGCCAAGUGAACACAGAACCAAAGAUGUCGUUGCCUUUUAGGCUCAACGUCGUAGAAGCUAAAGCCCGGAUCCUCGGACCAAGUGAUUUGCACGUGAAGGCCGGAAGUUCCAUUACACUCACGUGUCUCAUCAGUCAAGGCCCACACGAUUUAGGAACGGUGUUUUGGUACAAAGGAGAAAAUAUCCUAGAAACGGCGUCGGUCCGGACUCACAUUAGUGAUAUAGUCGAUUACACGAGUAGGGUUACAAUUGAGAACCAGUGGUCAGAAGGACUUUCGUCAAAGCUGCAUAUUUCAAAUGCUCACAUUUCGGAUUCUGGAAACUACUCGUGUGUACCCACCAUCGCUGGAUCAACUAGUGUAAACGUGCAUGUUAUUAACGGCGAACACCCGGCAGCAAUGCAACACGGCAACAAGAACACAGCCUCUCUGUCUCUCUCGAUUCAAGGCACGAUUGUAUAUAGCCUCUUCGUUAUAGUAAUGAAGCAAGUCAGAUGAAACCUCUUGUAAAUACGAC